AUGAAAUGUCCAUCAGUCAGCUUCAGGCAACAAACAAAUGAGGCUUUAGAGUCUCGAAGAAGCCGGAAUACAUCAAAAAUCCAUCAGAAGACGAAUUUGGCGAGCGAUUGUUGGUAUUGUUGUCCGAGUUACAUUUCUUUCUUUUUUCUUUUUUUCUUUUUUUAUUACGUUUUUCCAUCUUGUUUUCUUUUUCUGGUUUACUGCGAUUGUCUUUUUUUUAUUUUGUUUUUGUAUUAUUUAUUAUUGCUUCUUUAUUUUUUUGUUAUCAUUUCUGGUUUUUUUUUCAUAUUUGUUUUCUUUCAUUCUGUUCCCCAUUUCUCUCUUUUCUCCUUUGGAGAAAUCAUUCGAUAUCUCCUGAUUUUUCCUUCCUUGUUUUCUUUAUUUUACAUUUUUUUUUCUUUCAUAGAUAGUUUUCAUUUAUUUUUUCUUCCUGAUUUCUUUUCUUUUAUUUUUGAUUCUUUUCUUAUUUCUUUCGGUUUCGUUUCACUUUUUGCGUCCACUUCUUUCUUUUUUUUUUAUGUAUUUCGAUCCCUCUCUCUUUUUCUUUAUUAUAUUUGUUAUUUUUUUUUCUUUUUUCCAUUUUUAUCGUUACGAAAUAUUUUCUUUUUAGUCUUCCUUUUCCAUUUCAUCUCUGGCCGUUCGGCCAUUCAGUUUUCGCUAGAUUAUUUUCUUGUUUGUUGUCUUCUUUUUCCUUUGCAUUUUUUCUGCUUUUUCUUUUUCUUUUCUUUUUGGCUUUUUCUUCUUAUCUUUUUCAUCCUUUUCUUGCUAUUUCUUUUCUUCUAUUCAUUCUGUCUAUCUACUAGAAUAAUUUCCACUACUUUCAUACUUUAUACUCCUUUUUUUCUGUCUUUAUUUCCUUUUUUUUCUUUUUUCUUUCUUUCUCGUUCCUCGAUUAAUGUACUUUUCGUUCUUUCUUGCUUCUUUUAUACUAGAUUAAUGUCAGAAACUUUUAAUCUUGUUAAUUUCUUUUGUCUGUAUUUUUUCCUUUUUAUCUAUAUUUUCAUUUACUUCUUUUCUGUGUUCAUUUUUCUUAUAUAUUUCUUAUUUCUUUCUCAUAUCUAUCAUUCUUCUUUUUUGUUAUUAAUUUUUACUUUCUUUCUUAUAUAUUUACGCGUUCAUUUUGCUUUAUUUUUUUUUACUUUCUUAUUUACCCAAUUAAUUUAUUCGUUUUUAUUCUCUUUAUUUUUGGAUUUGACUUAUUUCUUUUUUUCAUUUGUUCCUUAUUUUCUCUUUAUCUAUUUCUUCUUCUUCUUCUUCUUCUUCUUCUUCUUCUUCUUCUUCUUCUUCUUUGUGUUCUUAUUCUUGUUCGUCAUCUUCUUCUUCUUCUUCUUCUUCUUCUUCUUCCCGUUCUUCUUCAUUUUGCUGAAGAGAGUAGAAAUUCUGGAAGAUGUCUUUAAGUUAUUUAAUGAUUUUCAUUCCUGUUUUUUCUUAUUUCCUUCUUUCUUUCUCCCUUUUUUAAUCUUCAUUUAUAUGUCCUUUUUUUCAUGCCCCUUUUUUAUGCGUUCAUUCUCUUCAAUCCUCAUUUAUUUCAUUCUUUAUUCCUUUAUUUCGUUUAUAGUCUUUUCUACUUUCUUUCGCUUUGAUUUCUUUUUUGUCGUUUUCUUCUUCCAUACUUCCUUUCUUGCCUUUAACUUUAAGCUUGUUUCUUUCUUUUUCUUUUUGUAUCUUUCUUUUCUCGUCAUAUUUGUUUCAUUCUCUCUGACUCCCUUCUUUGAAGCAAUAUAUGUAAUUUUCCUUCUUUUACCUCUCAGCAAAAUAAUACUGUGUCUUUCUUUUUCGAUUCCAAAUUUUCUCCUUCAUGAUUCCUUUCCAUUCAGUUCUUUCUAUCUCCAUUUUCACUCUAUCUCUCUACAUAUCUUAUUCAUAUCUAUCUAUCUAUCUAUUUCAGCUUACUUCUACAUAUCUAUCUAUCUAUCUAUUUCAGCUUACUUCUACAUAUCUAUCUAUCAGAUUCAGCUUAUUUCUACAUACCCAUCUUAUUCAUAUCUAUCUAUCUAUUUCAGCUUAGUUCUACAUAUCUAUCUAUCUAUCUAUCUAUCUAUCAGAUUCAGCUUAUUUCUACAUACCUACCUUAUUCAUAUCUAUCUAUCUAUCUAUCUAUCUAUCUAUCUAUCUAUUUCAGCUUAUUUUACAUAUCUUUCUAUCUAUCUAUCUAUCUAUCUAUCUAUCUAUUUCAGCUUACUUCUACAUAUCUAUCUAUCUAUCUAUCUAUCUAUCAGAUUCAGCUUACUUCUACAUACCUAUCUUAUUUAUAUCUAUCUAUCUAUCUAUCUAUCUAUCUAUCUAUCAGAUUCAGCUUAUUUCUACAUACCUACCUUAUUCAUAUCUAUCUAUCUAUCUAUCUAUUUCAGCUUACUUAGUUUUACAUAUCUAUCUAUCUAUCUAUCUAUCUAUCUAUCUAUCUAUCUAUCUAUCUAUCUAUCAGAUACAGCUUAA